AUGUCGGGACUCGAAGGACUCGGGCUUGCGGCUAACAUAAUUGCAGUGAUUGAUCUAUCUGCAAAAGUCAUCUCAUGGUGCUCUCAAUACUCCAAAGACGUCAAGAACGCCAGGAACGACAUCGAACAACCCCAGCAGGAAACACACAGACUCUAUUUUAUGGCUGAGGAAUUCGCAAGCUCCUUGAAGGUCCGAACGUGGCCACACGAAAGCAAAGAUGUAGAGGGGCUGCUGCAAGAGCUUGUUCGCACAAGCGAGAUAUUCCAUCUCGGCUUACAGAUUGAUCAAACGAAUAUCAUCAUUGGUAGUGACGAAAGGGCGAGACUAGAUCGCAUCCCUGUUGCUGAAGGAGCAUCCUCACACGCAGACGACGAAGAUGCCACGACCUGCCUCCCAGACACUAGAGUGCAACUCCAACAAGACAUAUGGAAAUGGGUUAAUAGUGAUACUGCCGAACUCAUUAUGUGGCCCAGCGCGGACGCAAAGGACCGAUCUAACCUGUCCAAAUUUAUUUCCACCCUUGCUGCCGACUUGGCAGUCAAAAUUCCAGAGACCUGUCGGCACGUUCUGGAUACAAUUGAAGACCAGAGUGAUAUCUUCAAGAAGGUCGUCGGGGAUCAGCUAGAUCAACCCAUCAUCGAACCUAUCAUCCAAUGCCAGGCGAUCCGUGUGCGGCGCCCCAUUGUCAUCGCCAUAGAUGCCCUGGAUGAAUGCAAGAGAGAAGCAGACAUGAUGUCCUUUAUUCAGCUAUUGACUAGAUCUCAGACUGCUCAAGUGUCGUGUCUUAGAAUCCUCCUGACAAGCAGACCCGAGUUGCCUAUCCGACUGGGUUUCAGCCUGGCAGAUUCUGAAUCGUUCCAGUCUGUCACCCUGCAUGAUACACCUGAUGAAGUCAUUCGGAAAGAUAUCCUUACUUCCCUCUUAUUCCACUUGAGCAAGAUCAGAGAGGAGUACAAUGCGUCCGACAUUUCUUAUGACCGGAAGUUGGGCCCAGCUUGGCCAGGAAAGAAAUGA